CUCUUAUUGGCCCGAGGUGACGAGCUGACACGCUAGGUUGCGCGCUAAGUAGGCGGGCCGUUUCUUUCUCCAGAAUCUUCUUCCCUGAAGCCGGCUCUGUAAUACCCUCCUGCCGCCAAGAUGAUGGGCCGCCCGGUGCUCGUGCUGAGCCAGAACAUGAAACGGGAGUCUGGGAGGAAAGUCCAGAGCGGGAAUAUCAACGCUGCAAAGACCAUCGCAGACAUCAUUCGAACAUGCCUUGGGCCAAGGGCAAUGAUGAAGAUGCUGCUGGAUCCCAUGGGUGGCAUUGUAAUGACCAACGAUGGCAAUGCAAUUCUUAGAGAGAUCCAGGUGCAGCACCCGGCUGCCAAGUCCAUGAUAGAAAUCAGUCGUACCCAGGACGAGGAGGUCGGUGAUGGAACCACUUCUGUUAUCAUUCUGGCCGGAGAGAUGUUGUCUGUCGCUGAACAGUUUCUGGAGCAACAAAUGCACCCGACUGUGAUUAUCAGCGCCUAUAGGAAAGCCCUGGAUGAUAUGGUCAAUACUCUGAAGGAGAUCAGCACCCCAGUCGAUACAAACGACCGUGAGCUGAUGUUAAAGAUCAUUAACAGUGCCAUCAAUACCAAAGCGAUCAAGCUCUGGGCAGAUAUGGCCUGUGGCAUCGCCCUGGAUGCUGUGAAAACCGUCGAAUUGGAGGAGAACGGCCGAAAGGAGAUUGACAUCAAGAAAUACGCCAAAGUGGAGAAGAUUCCUGGAGGGAUCAUUGAAGACUCCUGUGUGCUACGAGGCGUCAUGGUCAACAAAGACGUCACUCACCCCAAAAUGCGGCGGUUGAUCAAGAACCCUCGUAUCAUUCUCCUGGAUUGUUCCUUGGAGUACAAGAAGGGAGAGAGCCAGACAGAGAUUGAGAUCACACGUGAGGAGGACUUUGCCCGCAUUCUCCAGAUGGAAGAGGAAUAUAUCCAGCAGGUGUGCGAGGACAUCAUCCGACUCAAGCCCGACGUUGUGAUCACAGAGAAGGGAAUCUCUGAUCUGGCUCAGCAUUACCUGGUAAAAGCCAACAUCACAGCCGUACGCAGAGUCCGCAAGACUGACAACAACAGAAUAGCCAGAGCCUGCGGAGCUCGCAUAGCCAGCCGCACAGAUGAACUGCGUGAAGAAGACGUUGGCACUGGCGCUGGGCUUUUUGAAAUUAAGAAGAUUGGAGAUGAGUAUUUCACCUUCAUCACUGACUGCAAGGAUCCCAAAGCCUGCACCAUUGUCUUGCGUGGAGCCAGCAAAGAGAUUCUGGCAGAGGUGGAGCGUAACCUGCAGGACGCCAUGCAAGUCUGUCGUAAUGUGGUGAUCGACCCUUACCUGGUUCCAGGGGGCGGAGCCUCGGAGAUGAGCGUGGCUCAUAUACUCACUGAGAAAUCCAAGACUAUGACUGGGGUGGAGCAGUGGCCGUACCGUGCAGUGGCGCAGGCCCUCGAGGUCAUUCCCAGGACUCUCAUCCAGAAUUGUGGUGCCAGCACCAUCCGUAUACUCACUUCUCUGAGGGCCAAACACACUCAGGAAGGUUGCCAGACCUGGGGAGUGGAUGGGGAGGCUGGAGUACUGGCCGACAUGAAGGAGCUGGGCAUCUGGGAGCCACUGGCUGUCAAACUGCAAACCUACAAAACUGCAGUGGAGACGGCCAUUCUGCUGCUCCGCAUUGAUGACAUUGUAUCCGGCCACAAGAAAAAGGGAGAAGACCAUGGCAGACAGCCAGCAGCAGCCCCAGAGGCACCCCAACAAGCAGAAUGAGGGGUGCAGCUAUAGGACGGAUUGGCGCAAACAUCCCACAAGCACUUCAACAGCUGUUUGUUUUUUUUGUUUUGUUUUUUUUAAGCGGUUAACUCCACCCUCAACCUCUGUACCGUGACCUGGAGGGGUGGAAACGUUUCUAUUUAUUAAGGUCUGGGAGAAGCAUGACGGGAGGCUUAGGGGAGAUAUAGAAAGCAAAAACAUCUGUUUAUAUAACGAUCUGCUACAGACAAUAAAACUUCAUUUGGAUUCCA